AUGUCAGAGACUCAAAAGAUCGAGCACGAUUUCAGCGAUAACAACAGCUUCAAUCUUGUUGGCAACAGUGCUGAGCUUAGCCGACAGGUCACGGUGCAACUGAGUUCGGAGCAGUAUGAGCGGCUGUUCUUCCAGCCGUCUGCGCCCCGUCGUGGAGACCUUGCAAAACGUUUCGCUAACCCAACGUUGCUCGGACUCAUCGGCUUUUUGAUUCCAUAUACAUCCACGAUUCUGAUCCUCUGCGGCUUCCAAGAUGCUGUCGCGCCACAAAGUCUGAAUGGGUUGAGUGGCGACUAUUACUUCUUCGGCUGCAUUGCCAUGAACAUCGCUGGUAUUGCUGAAUUCAUCCUCGGAAACACAUUUCCCAUGGCGGUCUCCAUCAUUUACGGCAGCCACUAUGGCAGCCUUGCAUAUGCGCAAGAUGCUAUCCAUCAAAAUGCGACCGCUUUUGCUAAGCUGGGAGGCGCCAGUGGCCCUGCGUACAAUUCUUCUCAAGGCUUCCACAACGUCGCGAUGGCUAUUGCAAGCUCCGUAUUCUUCAUUGGCACGUUCCGUGUCAACGUCUUCUUCACCCUUACCUUCUUCGGUCUCCUCAUGCUGUUCUCUUUCACCGCCGCUGCCGAUUUCCGACUUGGACAUGCCACUACUGAAGCAGAUUUUGAGCACGUCACCAGGCUGCUGCGUUUCGCAGGAGGAUUUGGCUUCAUUGGUCUUGUCUGCAACUGGUACCUUGCCAUCCUUACAGCGUGCGAGGCCGUCGGUAUUCCCUGCCCGCUACCCAUUCUGGAUUUGAGCAGCAAAGUGUACCCGAGGAAGGACCCCGCCGCGAAUGGAGAAUCAUAG